AUGAAGAGAUUCGCCACCAAGGAUAUCAAGCAGCUAUAUGAUGCACUGUCACAUCAAACAUUGCAGGCUCAAUUCGAUUCGCGUGCACUACACAAUCUGAGGAUAUGGGAGAACUUGAGUGCAGCUACACACAGGGCCGCCUGUAACAAGAAGGGUAUCUAUACGCAAAAGAAGAAACACAUAUACCUGAAUUGGGAUGAAAGUCUCUUCUCUCCAGUCAAACAAACCAUCGACCAAGCUUUUCGCUCAAUCGUUGAUGGGUCGGUUGAGACUUUCAAGGCUGAGGCUUCCCAGGCCAGCAAGGAAGUCAUAAGGAAAUUAGACCACGACCUCAAAAACGAUCCCAGAGCUUUGGCUUGCAAUGCAUACAAGAUAUGCUUCAAGGGCGGCAUCUCUGGCCUUCAGGAAGAAGUCGAAAACAGCAUUGAGGUCGCAGCGAGAGCUCUCACGAAUGAAAUGACAAAAAUUCACGUACGAUCAGCAAGUCUCAAGAAGGAAGACUAUUUUCCGCAAGCAAUGGCCCCAAUCUACGAAGCAGCCUACAACACGAAAAGUGCCACCAAGAACUCUACCUUGUAUGUAGCACGGAAAGCCUACCUCAGAAACGCCAUUCCCGGCCCCAACGGACCGUUCCCCAAGAUCGCCAGUCGUGCCAAGGCACAUGCAGAGGCAGUCAUCGGGAAAGUCAGUCGGGGCCUUGGAGAGAAUCUCGAUGAAUUGCUGCUUGCUAAGCAAGAAGUCUUCGAAAUGAUGAAGAGCAGGAAAGAGAACGAUACGCCCGCGGGACAAAAGUUCUGCAGCGACUUGGACCCGAUUGUCAAGGAGACCAGGAGGAUUCUUGAUGGGGUUGUCAAGGAGAGCCUGGAUCUCUGCAAGCAGUACAAAAUUGUGGCAAAGGUCGAGAAGUGA